UAAAUACAAUAAAGUUUAUCUUUCACCAAAUACAAUAUUUACUAAGACAUCACAAUAUAACUAUAGACACAUUACUUGUGUGUGUGUGUGUGUGUGUGUGUGUGUGUGUGUGUGUGUGUGUGUGUGUGUGUGUGUGUGUGUGUCUGCUCUGUCUUCUCGAUCCCCAGUGAGUUGUGGAGGAUGGCUGCUUAUACUGAGCCAGGAUUCUCUGGAGGUUUCUUCCUGUUAAAAGGGAGUUUUCCUCUCCACUGUUGCUGCAUGCUUGCUUAGUAUGAGGACUGCUGUAUAGUCACUGACACUAGUCAGUGACUUGAUGCAAUUUGCUGGGUUCCUUAUAUAGGACACAUUAUUUCUGAUUGGCUUACUGAACUGUGAAUUGGAAUGUUUAUUAUGUGAAGUGCCUUGAGACGACUCUUGUCGUGAUUUGGCGCUAUAUAAAUAAACUUGAAUUGAAUUGAAUUGAAUUAAUAUCUGCACAAUUUUGAUAAUAAAAAAAAAGUAACUGGAAAAAAAUGCAGCCAGAACAACAGGAGGGCUUAGCAAUAUUUUGUAUAAUGGACCUAACGACAUCAGCAGGUGGGAACCUCCCAUUUUGGCUUCGACUUUCCACCCGCAGGGCAAUGGGCAGGCUAUGUCCAUAUUUUUAUAAGUUGAUGGUCCUCACUUUGGUACGAUGUUCCAGAGCUCUACUGGUUAGUUUUAGAGGUGUGGUGGGAAUGAAGUUUUAUUUAAGGUUAGGAGCAAACUGGUCAGAGUUAGGCACAAUCCAGUCACCAAAAUGAAUGUAAGUGAAUGACGGUCCUCACAACAAACGCAUAACGAGAAUAUGUGUGAGUCACACAUCCCUCCUGAUUACUGGAGCAGAUUAACAGGAUUAGUUCCUGCUUUAUCACCAGAUUAACAUCAUUCCAGCUGUGAACAUCCUGAAAAUGGGACAACACCUAACAGCUGGCUUCACACCGACACACCAACAUCAGGAUCCUGCUGGACACAAGGAACCAACGUUCCCCUCGGAUUAUUGAGGUUAAUUCUUUUAGAUGCCAUCAACCUUCAGAAGAACCUGGACCAGGUGGAUCUGGUCUUCACUGGUUCAGAUGUUGUCUGAAUUCUGAGGCAGUUAUUUUACUUCUGUUUGACCUGAAUGGACAUCACGGACAUUUCCCUUUUGGACAUAACCAUGGGGUUAAUCUUUUUUCUGGGGAGGUUGGAGACCAUUCAGUUGGAUCAGACGUUUUUGCUGGAUGGUGAGAUGGUUAUUUGUUGAUUUUUUUUUUUGACACAUCUUCAAAUUCAAAUUCAAAAAUACUUUAUUAAUCCCAGAGAGAAAUUGAUUUCUGUCCUGGACAUGAAGUAUCUCUGUGUCCUGGGCAUGCUCAGUGUCUUUGUCUUUUUUUUAUGGGAGGAACCAAACUGUGGGGCAACAUUGAUAAACUCGGUGAUCCUCCGCCAAGGGUCAAGUGAAGAAUCAGGACGAAAGGGAGGAGUUGAGGUUCACCUGAGGAGAAAGGGGAGGAGCUGGGUAUGGAACCAGUUCUUUGUUCUGGAGGAGUUCACAGGAGAUGAACCUCUGUAUGUUGGAAAGCUCCACUCAGACAUGGAUAAAGGUGACGGUCAAGUCAAGUAUUACCUGAGUGGUGAAGGAGCGACAUCCAUCUUCAGCAUCAAUGAGCAGACGGGGGACAUCCAUGCCAUCAGGCGGCUAGACCGCGAGCAGCAGACCUUCUACACUCUGAAAGCUCAAGCUCGAGACUGGAACACCAACCUGCCUGUGGAACCGGAGUCCCAGUUCAUCAUCAAAGUCCAGGACAUCAACGACAACGCACCCAGAUUCCUGAAUGGCCCGUACACCGCCCACGUAGCUGAGAGGUCUCCUGUAGGUACCUCAGUCGUUACAGUGGAGGCAACAGAUGCUGAUGAUCCCACUUAUGGGAACUCUGCCAGAAUGGUUUACAGCCUCCUGCAGGGUCAGCCAUACUUCUCUAUUGAGCCAAGGACAGGUGUGGUGCGUACUGCUCUGCCCGGCCUGGACCGAGAGGUUAAAGACCGUUACCUGCUGGUCGUUCAGGCCAAAGACAUGAUGGGUCAGGCUGGAGCUUUGUCAGGAACCACGACCGUCUCUGUGAAGCUCACAGAUGUCAACGACAACCCGCCUCGCUUCCUGCGCAAGAGUUACCAGUUCACUGUUCCAGAGUCAGUUAUGGCUUCUUCUGUGGUAGCAAGGAUCAGAGCCCUGGAUCAGGACCUGGGUCCAAAUGCCGAGGUGGACUUCAGGAUUCUGGAUUCAGAUGAACUUGGAACCUUCAGGAUAUUUACUGAUCUGAGCUCUCAGGAAGGAUUGGUCACACUGCAGAAGACUCUGGACUAUGAGACCAAAUCAAGCUACACUCUGAACAUUGAGGCGUCCAAUCGGCAUGUGGAUUCUGAGUUUCUAUUGGUAGGCUCAUUCAACGAUGUGACAACGGUCCACCUGUUGGUGGAGGACGUGGACGAGCCCCCGGUCUUCUCUUCCUCAGUCUGUCGGAUGGAGAUCUCUGAAGGAGCUCCAGUAGGAUCUGAUGUGGGUUCAGUUUCAGCUCAAGACCCCGACAUGUCCAACAGUCCAAUCAGAUAUUCCAUAGAGAGUCGGUCCGAUCUUGAGCGGUUCUUCUCCAUAGACAGCCUUUCUGGCCUCAUCAGGACCAACAGACCUCUAGACCGGGAGGAAUGUGUUGUUCACAACAUUACGGUUAUUGCCACGGAAACCAUGGACUUGUCCCAGGUGGGGACAGUGGUGGUUCUGAUUUCUGUAACAGAUGUUAAUGACAACGCUCCACGCUUUGCCUUGGACUACCAGACAUCUGUGUGUGAAAAUGCCCGACCUGGAAAGGUUGUUGAAACGCUGAGUGCUGUGGAUCCAGAUGAACCAGAACCAGGUGGACACCACUUCCUGUUUCAGCUGACUGCUGAUGCUGCUGCAAAUCACUUCAUGCUGAGAGACAACAAUGACAACACGGCGUCUGUUGUGAUGCAGCAAGCCGGUUUCCUGCAGCGAGACAAGUCUGUCUACUUCCUGCCGGUGGUGAUCUCUGAUGGUGGACGUCCAUCGCUCAGCAGUACCAACACGUUGACCAUCACCAUUUGCAGCUGCAACCUCCAGGGAAGGCGCCUUCGCUGUAGACAUGGGGCCACUUUGGACUCAGAUGGCCUAAGCACCGCCUCCACUGUUGGCCUCACCUGCAUGCUGUCAUUCUUAGGUAUUGUCAUGGUAACCACUGUGACUAGAUGGAGGAGGAAAAGGGGGGAAACUCGGACGAUGGAUGAAGAGCAAGACGUUCGGGAGAACAUUGUUCGUUGUGACGAUGAAGGCGGGGGUGAGGAGGACACUGGGGCCUUCGACAUGUUGACACUGAGACAUCUCAAUCAAAUGAACUUCAUCACACCUACUGACUCAAGGCUCAGAAACAAGCUGCUGCAGGAGUUCAUCAGAGACCGGCUUCUGGAAGCAGACCACGACCUAACAGCGCCCCCUCCUGACUCUGUGCACACUUACACCAUCGAAGGCGGUGACUCAGCAGCGGAUUCGCUCAGCUCGUUAGACUCGCUGACCUCAUUAGAGUCUGAGCAGAGUUACACCUUUCUGAGGGAGUGGGGGUCAAGGUUCAAGAAGCUAGCAGAACUCUAUGAGCAUCGCCCGGGAGCGGGCGUGGCCUAAUGACGCAAAGGUGUAGGCAGCGGGACCAGCUGGUUGAGCAGAGCCAACAUGCUUCUCUGCAACGCUUUCUUAGGGGUCUAGUGUUACAGCUCUGCUGAUUCAAGUGACUGGUUCUGAUCCAGUAUUCACUACCAAUAAUCCCAAGUCCCCCCAACUCACUAGUGGUCAUGUGAUCAGUGAUGUCACAGCAGGGCCGAGCAGAGUCCUCUGCAGGGGCAGCUGCUCAACGUUAAAAGGGGUGCACGGAACAAGAUGUGUUAUACAGCAGUCCCUCGUUUAUGGUGGGACCUCACCCACACACCCCAACGGGUACACACACACACACACACACACACACACACACACACACACACACACACACACACACACACACACACACACACACACACACACACACACACAAGAACACUCCAGAAUACCCGUUUCUCAACUGCUUUAUUUCCAGCAUGUGUUAGGGUCCACAGCAAUCUCCGGGUGUGGAGACACGCGUCUCCUCCUGCAGGAGCGCUGCAGCCGUGGCUCGUCCACAGACCAGCGCAUCACCACAGUGUUAUAAACCACCCCGUGACACACUUUCUACACUUUUCUCAGACAGGCGUUUUCACUUUCUCUCUUGUUUAAGUCUCUUAAAGUCCAAACAUCUGGACGCAGAACUGUAAAAAAGCAUCUAUGAAACUGUGAGGCCACGAGAGGUGAACGUGUUGUAGCAAGGGACCACUGUAUCUUAAAAUCAUAAUUCCAGUUCGUUCUUACUCAUUUUCUUUGCUCAUGUGCAUCAUUCAGAAGGCCAUCUCAGUCCCAGGAUGUCUCGAGACAUGCAUGAAGCUGCUGUGGAGCUGGAGAGCUCCUUCAGCAGCAGACUGCUCCAUCCUGGGAGCAGGAAGGAACACGACGAUAGCUCCUUCCUCCCACCAGAUGGUACAAUUUACAACCACCACUGCUCCCAGCAAAGCCAGUAAAAGCCUCCUUGCUGCUUUGCGUUUGUAGCCCAGUUCUGUUGUCCUUCUAUCUGCACAUCAUGUUAGAACCUUCUGCUAGUCACCUGAUUCACCUGUUCAGCAGCUCUGCAGAAGCCACUUAAGUGUGUUGAAGCAGGAUCCUUUGGGUCCCCGUUACCCUGUGAGGGAUCCAGUUUCUUACCCAGGUGUUAGACUGGAAUCUUGCCAUGGUCAUCUGGUCUGCUUUGUUAGGUUGAAGCUGCUGUUAUCUGAACCGUGCCCUGAAGGACGUCUGCAGUCAGACAGGUAACCGGCACAAAGACAAGGACCCCUCCUACUUAUCAGACCCUUUGCAGAGGUAUACUCCUGAUGGUCAGCCCAGCUGGAGCCCAGCUUUAGCCCCUCAGCUGUGGAACUCCCGUGGGUGAAUGAUGGUUCUUCAUUCUGCAGAUGAAAUAGAGCUUGUUUUACCUCAGCUGACACGUUUCUACUGCCGCCUUCAUCACAGCUAUCGCCGAUGUUGGAGGUGUCACUUCUGUUUAUCUGAAGACAGCGGAGGACGAUAUGUCCCUCUACUGUCUCAUGUGGUCUAGCGUUAGGGUCCUUCAUCCCUGUUCGUGGUCCCUGGUCCACGUCUCCUUAUCUCGACUCGACGGCUACUUUGAUCCAUCUUUUGUAUUUUUGGUCAUCUGUGUUUAUGAUCCGUGUGCUGUCCCGGUAGUGUUAGGGUGAUGGUUGUCCUUGUGCAGGGCUCUGGUACACCACAGUUUUGUUGGACGUUCUGCCUCUUGUUUCUUUGCUCUUGUGCCUUCAGCUUGUUCCUUCUCACACUCCUCUCUCCUCUCUAUGGUUCCUGUGUUGAGGUAGCGUCCUGUUUCCUAUGUAUGGUUUAUUGCAGCGUUGGCGUGGGAUUUCAUAAGGGACUUCACGUUUUUGCUCCGAUAUCUUGUCUUUUGGGUGUACUAGACUGUUUCUGAUGGCCAUGUGUGGUUUUGCUGGUGUGUUGUGUUUGUUUCAUCAUGUUGUUGUUAGGUUUGGUGGUUUCAGCAGGAUCCAAAUGCAGUGAGUCAAGUGGAGCGAUGAUCCAGAAGCAGCAGGUGAGGAACACUGGGAACCCAGAAGGGAUGAGAGGACUAACACUUGAACCAGAUGAAAGGCUGAAGGUCAGAGGAAAGGGUGAAGAUGGGGAAGAGCGAGUCAGGGUUAGGGGCAGUCGUGGUUCAGGUGUGAGACAUUUCGUCCACGUGAGGUUUCCAUAACUGGAAUUUGCAGUUGGGGGGUUUGGUUAUGGCUCUUUGCUCUAUGUCCUCCUUGAAGAACUCCCAAAGGACAGCUGAUAAUGGGUUUGCAGUUGUUUGUAGAUGGUUCCAUCGUAUGUAGAGUUGGCUUUGGGUUCUGUUAACGGUUCUACGCUGUGAGGAUUGUCUUCUCUGAUUCUGUUAACGACUAAAUCUGUGCUGUUGGGUUGCUGUUGUGGUGAACAGGGAUGUGAUGUUGUGUGAGAUUAGUGAGUUGUUGUUGUUGUUGUUGUUGUUGACACACUGGAGAGUGAGUAGUCUUCUGCUGCCUGCAGAUAAACGGAGACAGAAGUAACGCCACCAACACCAGCGGGGCUGAUGUGUGUGUGUGUGUGUGUGUGUGUGUGUGUGUGUGUGUGUGUGUGUGUGUGUGUGUGUGUGUGUGUGUGUGUGUGUGUUACGGCUAGGGUUAGGGUAUGGAGGUAUAAGAUAUGGAACUCCUGACAAUGAGGGUCAAGCAAGCUUCAGAGUUUUAAGCUCCUCCCCUUUACUUAAUGCACCAGUGAUGUCAUCCUGUUCAUAUUUUAAUGUGAUUUUAUUGUUUUCACUCUUGUUGACUUGUGAUUUGAGCUCAUCUAGAUCAGUGGCUGCUACAGUUACGUGUGGUUUUGAAGCUAUUGGUGCAAUAAUCAGCACUUUGGUUAUUGUUGGUGGCUGUAAAGUCUCAAAUAAGUGGUGAUGGUGAUGAUGAUGAUGAUGAUGAUGAUGAUGAUGAUGAUGAUGAUGAUGAUGAAAUUCAGUGAAUUCAUUUGGACCGUAGUUUUUUAUUUUUUGCAUUUCUGUGUUUUUUGUAUUUGUGUUGUUUUUUAUGUAUUGUUCAUCUUUGCUCCUGUUGUAAUUGCUGCUGUGACACAAAACAAUCCCCAUGGAGGGAAAAUAAAGAAAUUUCUGUUCUGUUCUCUAAUUAAA